GCAGAGGAUUGUUGGGAAAGUGGGAUGACCACACCAGCGGCACCAGCCACACAUUUCACCAGGGAACAAAAUUAAAUUUAAAAAAAAAGAACUGGACAAAAGGAUUUUUAGUGAUGACGAAGAACAUGUGAUGGAAGCGUAGCAAGGAUUUGUGAGAGGAAGGGAGGGCGUGCAUUAGAGAUAACAGCAACUAGAGCUCUUCUCACUUCCUCGCCUGCCACCGGCCAAGGGACAAAAUGCUCCUUCCAUUCAUCUUUCAAGUGCUCCUGCUUCUGUGCUCCCUCAGUGUUGCUGUUCAGACAUGUCCUGAUGGAUGCAAAUGUGAAGGCAACCGAAUCUUAUGCAUUGGAAUCUCAGAUGUCCCUCACUUGCCUCCAUCUACCACUGCUCUCUACCUUUCCAACUGCAGGAUCUCCUCUCUGAAACCAGAGGACCUUACUUCUCUGUCACUAGUCUUGAGCAUUUGGAUUAAAAACUGUACUUUGAGGGAGGUUCAACCCGGCACGUUGGAUUCCACUCUGUACCUUCAGUCUUUAGUGGUUACUGAAACAGAACUGCAAGAUCUUCCAGAGGCCUUGUUCCAGAAUCUUCCAAAGCUUGAGACUCUGAAUAUGAAUAGCAACAAGAUCCUUGUACUCCAACCAAAAUGGUUCUUCCAAAUCAAAAGUCUUACUGCCCUUGAUCUGAGUAAGAACCAGUUGACCUCAAUACCAGUGGAAACCUUUCACCAUCUGAAUGAGCUGGAGUACCUUUUGCUAGCAGGAAAUUCUAUUAGUGGGCUACCGAGUGGGGUAUUCAAGGGGCUUUCUAAGCUCAAGUACCUUCGGCUAAACAAAAAUUUACUAGUAGAAGUUCCUAGCGGAAGUUUUGAUGGCCUUGAAAACCUGACAGAACUAACCCUACAGGACAAUCAUAUCACUCAUCUCCAGCACGACCUGUUCUCAAAGACUCCCAACCUCCAAAAGCUGUUCCUUUCCAACAACAAACUGAGAACUCUCCCACAAGGACUCUUCUUACAUCUUCCCCUCCUAGCUCAGAUAUCCUUGUAUGAAAACCAGUUGGAAAGUUGUAGUCCUGGUGUGUUUGGUCCCAUGGCCCUGCAGGAGUUGUGGCUAUAUGACAACAAGCUGAGACAAGUAGAGGAUGACACCUUUAAAAAUUUGACUCAGUUGCAACUCUUGGUGCUCAGCCGUAACCAGAUUAGCGAGGUGUCCACCAAUGCCUUCCAAGGGUUGGAACAGAUAGGAGAAAUAUCACUUCACACAAAUCUGCUCAAGACUUUGCAUGCUGGAACAUUCCAAGGUCUUCCUAGGCUGGUAAACAUUUCCUUGGAGCACAACUUCAUCAGUCAUCUACCUGUCGGUUUUCUCAAAGGCCUGAGUCACUUGGGACAGAUUGACCUGAAAAACAACUCUCUUCAAAACCUGCCACAGGAAAUUCUAGAUGCCAUCUCUGUGGCAGAUGAGAUACUCCUGCAGCAGAACCCCUGGAGGUGUGACAAGGACAUCCUGCCUCUGAAGAACUGGCUGAGAAAGCACCCAUCCAAAACCAACCAGACCCAAGUGGUGUGUGACUCUCCUCUCAGUCUGAGUGGGGAGAUAAUUGACAUGCUGACAGAAGAGGACUUGAUGCUGCAGAGUUCCACGCAGCAGACACCACUGACCUCGACGGAGAGGAGGAGCAAACCACCUGCUGUGAACACCACGUCUUCCUCAGAGAAUGACAAGGGACCAGUUUCUAACCGUACUUCGGUCAUCCUGAUUGUCAUCGCAGUUGUGGCCACAGUCGUCAUCAGCGCCGCCAUCAUCGGAUGUCUUUGCUGGAGAAAGAACAAGAAAGGAAGGGGAAAUAUUGGACACAGGAGUAGGAACUCUGUGCUGUAGAUGAAUGUCCGACCUAAUCGAGUCAAAGCAUCAAAUUGCACACUGAAACGCCGACAUACGAUGUCUUUUUUGCAUUUAAAAGUGACUCAUUUACUGCACACCCGUAACAACCAGCAUGCACUUUGGUGUCUACAUCAGGAGGCGUCAACAUGGAAGUAAAUUAACCCAGGAUAUAAGACUACUUAUUUUUUUCAAGGCCUGUUUUUAAGACAAAAAAAGUUUGCAGUAUCAUAUUUCUUUAUUGAUCAUAAAUGUCUUAAAAUGUAUCCUAUUAAUAGUUAUAAUUCCUUCUCUGUUGUUUGCUAAUACGCCCAAUCUUUAUGACACCCUUUUUGUGUCCUGGCUAUAUAUCUGAGUCACUAGUGUGUGUGAGUGAGACAGAACUACUGGAAGUAAGGAAAGGGAAAUCAUUUGGCGCCACCUGCUGGUUUGUGAGUAUAACUCUCAUGACCUUUAAUAUUAGAUGAUAUGCCUUUUUUAGACUGUUUGCCAUGAAAUAAAUACUCUCGUAUUCGGGCCUAUAUGGGUCUCUUUCCUGUGGGUAAAUUCACCAUUAUUGCACUGGCCGACUUUUGUUUUUCUAAUGAAAUGUUCUUUUGAGAACCAGCGUCCUCUGCAGUGGACAUUUAUUUUUGGUCCAUUUCUUUGGUCAGAGAUACACGUUUCGACACAAUUUAAAUGUCCACUACGGCGGACACUGGUUCUCAGGAGGAUAUGACUUAGACAAACUGUAUUGAUCCACAAGGGAAUUGCACAUGUAAUGUAAAUUACCGUAAUUUCCGGACUAUAAGCCGCUACUUUUUCCCCUCGUUCUGGUCCCUGCGGCUUAUACAAGGGUGCGGCUUAUUUACGGCCUGUUCUUCUCCGACACCGACGAAGAGGAUUUCGGUGGUUUUAGUACGCAGGAGGAAGACGAUGACACAAUGAUUAAGGACUGACUUUUCAUAUACCGGUAGGCUGGUUAUUUUGAUAACGUACAGGCGAGCACUUUGUAUUACUUUGCACCGUUGUAUUAUUUGUACUCUGCACGAAUGCUGUUCGCCAUGUCAAAGAUGUGAAAGUUUGAUUGAAUGAUUGAAAGAUUUAUUGUUAAUAAAUGGGACGCUUUGCGUUCCCAAACAGUCAUCUCUGUCCCGACAAUCCCCUCCGUGGUAGCAGGAACUCCUAUAUACUACGCUAAUUACACAUCAAAACCCUGCGGCUUAUAGUCGGGUGCGGCUUAUAUAUGGAGCAAUCUGUAUUUUCCCCUAAAUUUAGCUGGUGCGGCUUAUAGUCAGGUGCGGCUUAUAGUCCGGAAAUUACGGUAUGUCCACCAUAUUCCAAGGUCUACUGCUGUACUUAUGAUUCUUGAUUGUUUUUUUAUGGGUGUGUGUGUAGAUGACGUCAGGAUCACAAUGACACAUGUCCAAAUCUGAAUUGUAUCAUUUUAUUAAACUGGUCUACAUAGGAAACAAUAACAUGCUAAUGGUGGUGUGGUGGUUGCCACUGGAGUCAGGAGAAGCUGGUUGGAAUUUUAUCUCUGUGUUGGGUUUUUCAAAACUUGCUCAGUAGGGACAACAUUGAAUUCUACAUAGGCGUGAAUGGUUGUUUUGUACAGUAAAUACAUACAGUAUGUGUUCUAUUAUUGACUCUUACUUUGCUUUGCAACACUGACAUCUGCUGGUCAUUUUGCUACAACUACACCAAACAUCACAAAGAACCGACAAAUUGAUACAACUAUUAAAUGCUUAAAUAUUACUUAUUUAAUCCUAAUAUUUGAUACAUCAUAAAUGUAUAUAUAAUAUCAUAAUAUGUCUUAUUUGAUUCCAAAUAUUAUGUCUUACUCAUUGUACCAUAGAACCAAGUCAACUACAGACCAAUUGGAAAAAAACAAAAACAAUAUUUGUUUUAGGUUUAGCUUAUUAUACUUUGGAUGCGCCUAAAAAUGUAUGGAAAGUAUGUUUGGGAUUUCUGUGUCUUGUUGUGCUUGUGCUUCAGUAUUAAUAAGUAUGGAUUGGUUUAGAUUCUAACAGGAAUGUAUUGAAUACAAAUAACAGUUUGGGAUUUGUUUUACAUCACCUGUAAUUAUUCAUGGUAUGGUUUUCACGCUUCUACAAAAUGUAAUAAAAAUGUCAAUGACAG